CCACAGCAGCAGCCAGAGCAACCACGCUCGAUCAACAGGAGAAAGACAAAGGACAUGGUGCCAUCAAAGAUGCGGUCUUGGUCCUCCUUGCUGGCUGUAUUACUCUCUAUUUCCCUCUCUCAAGGGUUCAUUCUGUCCCCGGCGGGCCUCCGCGCCUCGGUUCAUGCACCUGCUGGUGUGCGGUCCAACCGCGCUUCUUCAUGUUUCCGAGGUGGCAAGCAUAGCAAUUGUGGUAUCUCCAUGCAGGAUGCGGCUACGGCGGAGGAAGACUCGGUAGCGGCGAAGGGAGAGCUUGCUUGGGCCGAAAGCCAAUUCCCCGGCUGCUCGACGGUGCUAUCCAAGGCGACGAGACUGUCAGGUCUGCUCGCGGACGUGUGGGAGACCCUGGCAGAUCCAUCAGCGGUAGAGGCGGAGCGGCCGCGAGUCUUGAUGUUUCCGGACUGUCCAGCGGUAGCCGAGGCGCGAGGCCUUCAGAAUUUAUACGAACACCUUGAGGUGUGCCAGGACGCUUGCGAACAGUUCGGAACGAUGGUGUCGAUUGUCCCGCAUCCCAGGGGGGGAAAGAACGGUGCGCCCGCUCCCUCGCUAGUGGUUCAAGUCGUGCCCGGCGCCGGCGGGGGCGACGACUUCGGCUACGAUCCCGAUUGGGACGACGACUGGGACAUCGAUCGCAGCCUCCUCGACGACGACGAGGCAGAGGGCGAGGGGGCCGCCGGAGGGGAUUGGGACGAGGAUGGGGUGGUGCGGGUGGACGCGGCGGCCUUGGGCGUGGUGCCUUCGUCGGACGAGGAGGUGCAGGAGCUCACCAAGUCAUGGGUGCAGGCUGUGAUCACGGACAUGGGGGUAUGUCCCUUCAGCGUGGACGCCUCUAGAGCGGGUCUUCCGGUGGGUCAGAUCCGCUACCCGGUCACGAGGGAAACCACCGCGGAGUCGAUCUACCGCGAGUACUGGCGAGAGGUGGAGCUGCUGGUUUCCGAGACGAACGAGAGGUCGCUGAGUACCACUCUUCUAAUCACCCCUGAUUUCUCGCUCAACAACGCCGAGGCCUUUGAAGUCAUCGGUCAGACGCUAACACAGCCAUUGGAGGCGUUGCACCUUGAAGACGACAUUCAGCUCGUCUUCUUUCACCCCCAAUACGCCUUCAGGGACGGGCGAGAUCGCAUUGGGAGCGGCGGCGCGGCUAACUUCGCCCGACGGUCUCCCUUCCCAAUGAUCAACAUCCUCAGGACAAACCAGGUCCGGCUGGCCCAGAAGUCCAUCCCUACGGGGUUGGUGUACAAGCAAAACGAGGAGGUUCUGGAGGAAGUAGGGGCCGGCGACCUCCAGAAGAUGCUCGAAGUCCGGGAUUGGACAGGACUCGAGGGGAAAAAAGUCGACCGCAGGCGCGUGGAGUACUACCAGACCGCCCGCAAACUCCAGGGUGAAGACGUUACCCCGUCCACCAAGCCACUAACAUCGUCAGAAGCCGACGCGGACCCAACGCCGGCACCACCCACCGACUCCAGGGCGGGUGGCGGCGGUACGGCAGCGGCGGCGGCGGUGAACGCGAGGAGCGGGGCCAGGGGGUCCCUGGCGACUGCGGCGGGCACCAUGCAGACAAGCUUCGAGGAAGGUUUCUCCAGUCACGAUGAAGAUGACGGCGACGAUGUUGAUGACGAUGGAAGUAACGAGGUGGAGCCAGCCGUGGAGACGGCCGCCGAGGUUGAGGUCGAAUCCGUUCCAAGCGCUGGGAGCGAUGGCCCUCCUGAGGUGGCGACGGCGGGUGCGACCUCGGGCGAUGACGUUGCGGCGGCAGCAGGGGCGGCGGCCGACUCGGCAACGACAUCGAGGGUAGGAGGGGCGGCGGCGACGGCGGCAGCAGCGAGUUCUGCGGGAAUCUCGGACGAGGAUCUCAAAACGGUCGCCAGCGCGCUCGUGAAGAGACUAGGGACAGGAAAGCCGCUGCAGCCAGCCGCUUUCGACGAGUUCAGCGACGCGGUGGACCGUGUGUUGGAGUCGACGGCCGGUGCCCGCUGACAGGCUCCGGCACCACUCCCUCCCCCAAUAGCCAGCGUUUGGUUGCGGAAGAGAAGGGCUAUGUUGAUUCUCGGUUUUUGUGGACUGUCUUUGUUUUUUUUCUACUGCAAGUACAAUUUUUCAUGGGACAUGUUGAGCUGGCUCAGGCGACACACCAUGGCCUCCCCCUAGAGCCAGCGUCAUCAACAGCGAGCACGCAUGCUGUAUUCGUGGACAUACUUAGCCGUCCGCACCAGAUUUCCGUGAGACGCGGACGCCUGCAUAAGCUCAGGCUCCAGACCUUCUUAAGAAUCGGGUUAUGGGAAGGGUCUCACUACCGUCCUCGCUUCUCGGGCGAGGGGCAUGGCGAGGAGCAUGGCGAGGCGGCGUGUCGGCCUGCUUUCAGUGGUAUGUGGCCACGUCGCUUGGCCCUUACGGAACCCGCCCGGGCCCACAGGGCGGCGCGGAACCUUGCUCGCGUCUGCGGUAGUAACGAGUCCGGCGUUUGCUGCUUCCGAGACUGUCUUACUCAUGGCGCUCAGACAACAGUAGUGGGCAUGCGUGGAAAUCCUCUGCUUUAGGAAAUUCGGGGAUGAAACGGGCCAGGAACAACCUUCAAGAAUACCGCGGUCGUACCUGCAGCAGUAGGAGUGGCGCGUUAGGGUUGACGUGACGUGGUCGCUGUUUCCAUUUUGGCGCAAACCGGCUUUUGAGAGAGAGCGGGACCGUUGGUGAGCCACGUUUGUUGGUGGGGUUCAUGCACCUCGUGGAGCAGCGAGGGCCGUUGCUUAU